AUGGCUUUCAUCCGCGUGUACCAGGAGUCGGACAAGGACGCCAUGAUUCAUAUUUUCCGUGACACUGCCGCUCCCGAUCUGCGCGAUGCAGGCGACCCAGUUCUGCAUUAUGCUUCCUUCCUGUGGUGUCGACCCUAUCUCAUGCUAGAACCCGAAACCUGCUUUGUUCUCGACGAUGGUGAUGGCCUUGCAGUAGGGUAUCUGCUCGGGGUCCCUGACACUGCCUCGUUUGUGCAAAAGUACGAGGAAACAUAUAUUCCCUACAUGCAGUCGCAGGGGUUAGAAAAGCCAGGCCCCGAGGAGCCAACUGGCUGGAACGAAAAUCUACCAAACGCAUUAAGAGAGAUCAUGUUUAACCCUCGUACGAUGCUGCACGCACAAUAUCCUCAGCUAAUGGAACAAUGGCCGGCGCAUAUGCACAUUGAUAUACUGACCCCAUUUCAAAAGCAAGGCUGGGGUCGACGCUUGAUUGAGCAGUUUUGUGGUGCGGCCAAAGAGCGAAGGGUAAAAGGGCUUCAUCUGCUCAUGGCAGCAGCGAAUGAAGACGCUGGGAGAUUCUAUCCUCGCGUAGGGUUUUCUCGGUUCCCGUAUGUGAUUGACAAUGGUGUCAGUGGCGAGGAAGGCAGAGAUUCUGGUACCAUCUGGUUCGUGAAGUCUCUAUGA